CGCCAUGUCUGGUAAGGGAAUCGCCGAUCGCGUUGUUGGGCCGUGUGCCGCACUCGGCAGCUGUGGGGUCGGGAGGCCGCAGCGGGAUCCGGCUCCUCCGUCCGCGGGCCGGGCUACUGAAGAACGACCUGUUGGCACAGCUGGAGGAAUUUGGCAGGAUGAGGCCUGUCAUUGUGGUGCACGGUGGAGCUGGCCGGAUCUUCAAAGAACGAGAAGAGGGAUGCCGUGCUGGUGUUGUCAGAGCUGCGCUGCGGGGUUACAGUGUCCUGAAACAAGGAGGCAGCGCCUUAGAUGCAGUUGAGGAGGCGGUUCGGUCGAUGGAAGAUGACCCUCAUUUUAAUGCAGGCUGUGGUUCUGUUCUUAAUGAAGAAGGUGAAGUAGAAAUGGAUGCCAUUAUCAUGGAUGGAAAAAAUCUGGCCUCUGGAGCAGUAUCUGCAGUUAAACGUAUAGCAAACCCAAUAAAACUCGCUCGACUUGUCAUGGAAAAGACAAAGCACAUGCUGCUGACUGACCGUGGUGCACAACUCUUUGCUCAAGCUAUGGGCGUUCCUGAGAUUCCAGGGGAGAAGCUCAUAACUGAGAGAUCUCGGGAGAGAUGGAAGAAGAAUCUUGAGGCAGAUUCUAAUCCUGUCGAGUUCCAGAAAGACCUGGGAACAGUUGGUGCUGUUGCUGUAGACAGUGAAGGAAAUGUAGCUUGUGCAACAUCCACUGGAGGACUCUCUAAUAAACUGGUUGGCCGUGUUGGUGACACAGCAUGCAUAGGAAGUGGAGGUUAUGCUGAUAACUGUUGUGGUGCCACUUCAACCACUGGACAUGGAGAGAGCAUUAUGAAAGUCGUCUUAGCCCGACUGAUCCUCUAUCACAUGGAGCAAGGAAUGUCACCAGAAAUGGCUGCUGACACCGCAUUAGAAUACAUGAAGACUCGAGUUGGAGGCUUGGGAGGUGUUAUUGUUGUUAGCAGUUCAGGAGAGUGGGCAGCAAGGUUUUCUACCAAGCAGAUGUCCUGGGCUACUGUAAAGGAUGACGAACUACAUUAUGGGAUUUACGCUGGGGAGAGGCAUACAAAAUCUGUUGAUGAAGCACUUGCAUCUCAAAGUGAAGGAUGCUGAGAACAAAGAGCCAUUGACUAUAGUAGAAUGAAGACCUCAGUUUUUUGUUGGAGGACAGUAACAACUGAUUUAGUCUAUCGUGAGAGAUUUCUACUUAGUGAUUGAUUCACAGACAUCGCUACACUUAGACCCGAAAUGAAACCUGGGCAUCAUGAUCACGGGUAUGUGUAUAGUGCUUACUGGUGCCUUUGGACAAUCAGAUCUUCCAGAAGAUUGUACAGUUUGAGGGCCAUAGGUUUCUGUUUGCAUUCUUUAAUCCUGCAUUUAAGGCAGCCCAAAUUUCAGGAAUAGAAAGGCUACUUGUUGUCAUGGUUUCGUAAUGUUGCUGUCAAUAUUCCACAUCAUAACAUCAUGUGCAAUAUGGAUCAUUAAAAAGUUCAUACUCUAGUUCCGUGGAAUAACAACGUCCCAAAUCCUCAGCUCUCAGAAGAAAACUAUGUAUCCCAGAGGACUUCGCGGCCAGAGAUAAGUCACAGGAGGAGGACAUACAUAAUCUCGCUCCCAGGCUGGAGUUCUCUCUCUCAGACUCUCGGAGAGUGGGAAGCAUUGCAGCCAUGUCGCCUAGAGUUCACAGUAGGCCUCUCAGUUUUCGGGGACUCUCUCUCUGCUUUGUUCGAUUUAUUAGCCUCAAUCAUAUUGUAUCAUAUUGUGUUAUCUCGUAUUCUGAUAUCAUAUUUAGUAAAAUAAGUUUUCCUCUUUAGAUUGCUGCCACUGUUCUCUUUUCCCAUUCCCCUUUUCCCUUCCUUUUCAGGCCGGGGCCUUAUGGGGUGGCUGCCCCUGUCACGGGCACAGGUAGAUGUAGGUAACCCGUGACACCUGUCCUGCCUGUUCUCAGAUGCUGCUUUCAGGAUGAUUAAAGAGAUAAAGUUUUACUAACUAAAAACUGAAUUUUGAAAAUGCCAUAGCUCUCCAAUGUAUCCUGAGCAGUCAUACCUUGAUAGCAGCGUUCUUACUGUCAGUGAAAAAUCAUCAAAUGGUAGUAAAAAGUUAAGACUAAUUCAUCAUCACAGGCAAUAAUGUAUAUUGUAUGCUGUUUCCUGACUUAAAUAGAUUUAAAUGUAUUAUUUUUGUUAUACUGUGUUGUAGUUCAAUGGAUUUUAGCAUAUGCUAUGUUAUGGGUUUCCUUUGGGUCCAAGUAUGUAUGUAUUGCAUGCCAUCAUACAGUGGAAUGUUCUCCUUAUAAGACAACCCAAAUAAACAUGGCAAAAAUCUUUAAAUUAGAUUUUAAAACUA